UUGAGUAAAACACGUAACAAAUAAAAACGGAGCCUUAGAGUUUGUAAAGUACAGAAAAAAAUAAAUGCAAAGGUUUGCGUACCAGGGCGCUGUUUAGUAGCCUGUUUAGUAGUAGUUUAGUAGCCUAGUGGUUUAGUAGCCUGCCGACCCUUACGCAAGCACGGACGGCAAUGUGUAUGUCAUAAUAUUGCCUGAUAAUGAUAAAUUAAAGGACUGUGCAGUGCGACUUGCGUUAAGUACGGGUAUGCUGGUGUGAAUCUGGGCAUCAGAUACGGAUCAUGAAUAUACUUACUAGAUAUGCAAAGCGCAUUGUAAGGUGCAAGUAAGAAAGUUACAAAAUUAGUACCCAUCAUCAUCGUUAAAUUUUGUUCUUAUUCGUCAGUGAAUUUUUAGCGCGUGUGUAAUACCAAACAUACUGGACAAAAGCUGCCUGCUCUUCUAUGAACUGCGAUUUUUUCGAAGGCCGUACAAGUUACAAUGUUAUUUGACUAAAAUAUCACGAGAUGGAUGUCGAAUCCGACAACCCAUUUCAGCUUUGUGCGCUGGAUUACGAUAUCGUUGAAAUUGGCAAUCAAGUGCGCGUACUGCACAACAACAUGCCAAAUGAGUAUCUGUCUGACAUAAGGUCAUGGAAGUACCCAUUUCUGGAUGCUUUGGAAGUAUGCGCAAAUGACCCGCUGUACGGUUCGGACCACGAUUCGUCAAAGCGCGUUUGCUGUCUGGAACAUCUUCUGGAUCGUUUAUUUGCAGUGAUCCAGUUUUCUGGAAGUGCCGCAGAAAAAACCCUUGCCGAACGUUCCAACCAGCUGACACCCACAAUGCAAGGAAAACAAAGUGCAAGUGCGAUCUGUCAGACAUUCGAAAUGAUUUUAAAGAACUGCCAGCUGCAUUCUGAUGAUACAACAGACAAGCGAAAAAUCUCAGUAUCCACGCAGCAAACUGAGGACAAUGAAAUUAGGAGCCGAAAUCCAUGCAGCCGCUGUUUGGAAUUGUCAGUAUUUCUUGAUACCCUAGCAGGGCAUCUUCGAGGGAUCCUUGCUCAGUUUCCAGAAUCGUAUACGCAAGUAAUUCCCGGUUGCAAGUUGCAAGACGAAACUGCAAGUUUGCGUUUCUUGGAAUCCGUGAUAAUAACCCUUGCGAAUAUACGCCGGAGUACUGACACAUUGGUGGUUUCGUCAUGCACACUGCAGGACAAGGCUGCAGAAUUAGAUGCCGUUUUUUAUGAUCUUCAGAGCUCCUGUAUCGGCUUUGCAAGCGAAAUCGAAACACAGAAUAACGAAGCCAAGCAAACAAAUGCCGACAAGAUGGCUUUCUCUUAUGACCUUUCGCAGCUUUGCGCUGCAAUUACAUCCCUCAAGAGCUCUUUGAGUGUUGACAGAGAGCGCAACGAAAGGCUUUCCUUACAAAUUAUGAAAAAAUCGGAAAUCUUAACCCGGAAGCGCAGUCAUUUUGCUGGUUUGGAGCAGAGCCUGUGCGCAGCCAUGGAAGCACACAGAACCGAGCUGGCUGAUUACGAGCAAAACUAUGCCAAUAUUUGCUGUGAACUGGAGAAAGUUGGAAGUGCACUAGCGGAAUUCGAUGGAUUCGAUAGGGAUUGGUCCAGUAAAGCUGCUGUUUUUCAAAACCGAACCAAAGAUGUCCGUGAAGAAUGGCACUGCUUUCAAAAACAAAUCUUGGAGCAAAGUCGUGAAAUCGAGGCACUUCAGGCUGAAAUUUUUAACAGCGCUUCACGGAAGAGCAAAAUCAGUUUAGGCGAAGGUGAGCCGAGUGACCUUGGAAGAAGCCGGAGCGUGGACGUGCUGGAAGACUUCACAACCGAGACAUUGCUGCACCUGGAUCAAAACAUGUGUGGAGAUGUCGAUCGACCAAUAACAGAGUGCGGAACACACGUAACCACAUCCGAACUUGCCGAAGAAAAGGGGAUAAACACAUCUCACCCAACUGACAUUCACGCACUUUUUUCGGAGUUUCUGGAGAUACCGGAUGUGGGAAAACUGCCCGAAUGGGAUCUAGUGUCGGUCACUCCUGAUUUCGGAAUUGCCGAGCUUCCUGUAGUAUUCCAUUCCAUACCUAAUUCUGUCUCACAGAAAGAACGGCAGACACAUCCGGCCACAGAAAUCAAAAGGUGGUCGCCGAACGACGCAGCUAAAGUUUCUUUACGUCAUAUCUCGAAGUUUCCCAUAAAAUCAGACAAAGUUCUUGCUCGACAAAGCAUUUCCACUUCUGGUGUCUUGGUCAGACCUGAUGCUAAGCCUGCUGUUAAAAUCGGUUUGCCUGGUUUGCAGCCUUCUGCACAGAAACUCCGCUGUAUGGUUCCCCAAAAGCCAAUGGAGUCGGCAUGGAUCAUUUCAAAGCCCACACAACAAACAGUGAGAAAAUGAACGGCUUGCAAAUUGUGCACCGUAUUCAACUGAUCUGUGCCGGCGUUGCAUUGCUGAAGUUUAUUGCAUCUUUAGAGAUCCUGUGGAUACUCGUAAAUUCUGUGCAGCAUAUCUAUGCGGUCUAAGCGUUCAAACUGUUUAUAAUUUCUUAAAGGUAGUUGUGAUCACUUUUCGAACGUAGAAAACUCCAGUUGCAUAGUGGGACUGUUAAUAGUUUAUUAGUCUGUAAAAGGUUCCGUAAUUGUGGGUCCGUUUUCGGACCGCAACACGAUGGCUUCGAAGGUGUGCUAUGGUAUGUAUCACUGGGUAUGUAUUAUUAUACUACUCUGUAUUUUUGUAUUUUAAAAAGUUCGUAAACCUAAAACAGAACCUGUUUCUUUUGCCCUGUGUUGGGCAUAAAGGCGAAAUGCAAGCAUUCAGUUUGCGAUAUUCGUCAUUCUGUAAAAACUGGUAAGCAACUCCCGGCACU